ACUUCGGGCGUCAGCGACGGCAUUCAGUACGCUGUGAAACUUAGUACACAAACUUACAACGUAAAGCAAAGCGAACGACGGGACUAUGCUUGAGGCCACACUAUGGAACAGCAUACUCCUAGUGCUUUGGAUUGCAAUCGUCGCAGGGGCAGAACGAAAUCAUCCGACAAUAUUACGCAAACGCAACGAAAUGACCAGGUACAUGAAUUUGCACGCCAAUCCGUGUAAGGACUUUUACGAAUUCGCCUGCGGCAGUUGGGAGCAACCCUACGUAGAAACGCGAUACGAGCAGCCGAUAUUGAAAGAUAUGGAAAUUUAUUUGCGUACGAAAGUGGAUCAUGAUUUGCGCAAUAUGCUGCAGGAACAAACCAAAUUGGAGGAUGGCUUAAAUGGACGUAAAUUAAAAGAUUUUUAUAUAUCCUGUACGGCAGCCGAACGGAAUGGUGUCGCACAACAGGAGUACUUCAGUCAGAUGAUCGAAAAUCAUGGUGGUUUCCCUGCGAUACCGGGUUCCAAUUGGCACUUGCAGAGCAACAACUACAAUUGGCCAGAUGUGGUGGGCACAUUGCGCUUUCAAUAUGGCAUGAAUAUAUUGGUGGGUGUGAAGAUUGGCGUCAAUUAUUUGUACCCUUUCGAAGAUAGCGUCUACUUGAGCGAGCCGGACACUUUUAUACCGCCAGAACUAUGUAGUGCGGAAGGUACUAAUAGGACGGACUUACGUUCCGAAGAGUAUGCGAUAAUUGAAAACGAAGUAGCCGAAAAUCUCAGCAUGUGGCUAACGCUUGAUAUGGAGAAGGCGCAAGUGAUUGCCUCCGAUUUGGUGGCGUUUGAGUUUAAGCUUUGCACUGGUAUAAAGAGAUGGGAUAUCAGCCAGCUCGCCGUGAACAGCAGUUAUAAUAGUGAUAUACGCAAGACGCUUUACGAUUUUACAUAUCAAUAUGAUAAUAAAAUCGACUUUGUUGCGGCCACCCUUGGCACGCAAAUACAAAAGCCCGUAUUCAUGGGUAACGAGGGGUAUUACAAGCAGCUAGUCAAAACCUUAGACUCUACGAAUAAGACGACAAUCGCGAACUACAUUAUGUAUCAGACAUUGGUGGCCUUAAGUUUCCCACACAAUGAUCAGCCGAGUAGCCGCGCUUUGUUCUGUUUGGAAAAGGCAAAGCGUUACUUUCCCAAAUUUCUCGGUGAGAUGUACCACAAAAAUUAUGUGAAUGUUGCUGCUAGGGAUGAUGUGGUCAACAUGUUCGACAGAUUGAAAGAAUCUUUCCGCCGGAGUUUACAAAACACCUGGAUCAGAGAGCAUACACGCCGCAUUGCUGAGAGCAAACUAGCAGAGAUGCACCUGGCCUUCCCUUACUAUGGCAAAUUGGAAACGAGUAGUAUAAACAUAAAUCGCGGUGAUUAUUGGCACAACUUGGACAUACUAAUGAAAGAUCGGCAAGAGGCACAAUUCCAACGCAUUUUCCCGCCACCACAUCCAAAUAUGUUUGAUCAAGUAGAAUCGUACGAAACGAACAUUUUCUAUAGAUCACAACAUACACGCUUCGAAAUGGGUUGGGGACUACUGCAGGAACCGCUCUAUCUUACGCAGUACCCGAACUCGAUGCGUUACGCUGCGAUCGGUCAUAAGCUAUCCUCUCUGCUGGCUAGCGCCUUUGAUGACAUCUCAUGGAGUACAUCGCCUAACGGUGUAUUGAAUUGGGAUCAGUCUACUGCUACGGAGUAUCGCAAUCGUAGCGAAUGUUUCCGUCAACAGAUCAGCAAUUAUCUCCACAAUGAUCCCGCGUUGUUUACAAAUACUACACUAUUGCGACAAAUAAUAGCACAAAGUGCUGGUUUAAAUGUAGCAUUCGACGCCUAUUUGAAUUGGUUGGCAUUUCAACAGCCCACUGAUGAUCACGAGACGCUAUUGAGAGAAACUCUGCCCGAGUUCAACUUCACUAAUACACAACUGUUUUUUAUUGCCUUCGCACAAAAGCAUUGUAGUGCAGGCUCACGGCGGUCCAGUACAAAGGGAUCUGCGCGCACUCUGAGUCCACUUGAACGGCACACGAUCGAACGCUACCUAGUCAAUGGACCGCUGAGGAAUUAUAAUGAAUUCGCGCGAGAUUUUGGCUGUCCGAUGGGUGUGGAGAUGAAUCCGCCGGAUAAAUGUGUUAUUUAUUAGUUGCUAACAUAAAUUGUAGAUCUUAAUUUAUAGCCAUAAAUGUAUAUAAUGUAUAUUAAAGGCUUUAAAAAUACUUUUGAAAAAAUAAAUCAUAAUUGAGAGAGUA